AAACCGGAACUCAAUAGCAACAUGAACUCACGGAGCUAAAUGCGUACAUAAUCGAGAAAAAUAUUUAAAAAUAUAUUUACGUUUAUAUAAAAUGUCAGAGUCAAACCCUGAGCUUAAUGAUUAUUUAGAGGGUAAAAUUUCCUUCGAGGAGUUCGAGAGAAGGAGAGAGGAACGAAUAAACGCGAAGCAAAAGGACGAUGGAGGAGACGCCUCUGAUGAGAACGAUGACGCUGUUCCGAGCACGUCGAAGCAGAGCAGCAAGCCGACACGCACACAUCACACGGGUGGCGGAGAUGAGGAAGUCAGCCCGUGUGUUCAGAAAGCCUUCGCCUCCAUGCUCGGGGAGGACGAGGAGGAGAUGGAGGACGAAGACGAGGACGACGGCGACGGUGACGCGGAGUGGAAGGACAUCGGGGAGCAUUACGCCGGCGACGGUGGCAGCGAGGUGACGCCGGGGGACGUGUUCGCUCUGGAGAUGGAACUGAACCGGGAAAACAAGAAGAUGAUGAAGGAAAGGCGGUCUCGCAGCAAGCUCCCGCGUGCCCUCCGAGGCCUGAUGGGCGAGGCUAACAUCCGCUACGCUCGUGGCGAGAAGGAGGACGCCGUCCUGAUGUGCAUGGAGAUCAUCCGCCAGGCUCCUCUGGCGUAUGAGCCGUUCUCCACUCUGGCGAUGAUCUACGAGGAUCAAGGGGACGCGGAGAAGGCGCUGCAGUUCGGCCUGAUCGCCGCGCACCUCAACCCGAGCGACUGUGAUGAGUGGCUGAAGCUGGCCGACAUGUCGCUGGAGCAGGAGAACGUUAAACAGGCCAUCAUUUGCUACAGCAAAGCGAUUAAAUAUGACCAGAGUAACGUGCGCUACCUGUGGGAACGCUCGAGUCUCUACGAGCAGGUGGGCGAGCACAAGCAGGCCAUGGACGGCUACCGGCGCAUCCUCACGCUGCUGCCCCCUACCGACGGAGAACACUUCAUGCAGCUGUCGCGCGACAUGGCUAAGAGCUACUACGAGAGCAGCGAUUUGCCCUCGGCGAUCGGCGUGAUGGAAGAGGCUCUGUCAAGGCAUCCCGAGCUCGUCACGCCCGAGUGUGUUAACAUGGCGGCGGAGCUCUACAUAGCCAACCACCAGUAUAGCAAAGCCUUAGAGGUCUUGAUUAAGUUUUGCAGCAUCGUCCUGGAGAGAGGGGCGAACAAGGAGGAGCAAGCGAAGGACGAAGGUAUGGAUGAGACUCCGGAAGCGAAAGGAGACAUUUUGGAGGUGGUGGUGCCUGAUGAUAUUCCUAUAGAUAUAAGGGUGAAGCUCAUGGUGUGCCUGAUCCAUCAAAAUGUCUUCAAACCCUUGAGUCCAAUGGUGACGUCGAUGAUGGAGCAGAGUCCGGAAGAGUUGGGUGAUCUGUAUCUGGACGUGGCCGAGGCCUUCAUGGAUAAGGGCGAGUAUGUCUCAGCCUUGCCGCUGCUCGCUGCACUCGUCUGCUCUGAGAGAUACAACCUCGCCGUAGUGUGGCUCCGACAUGCAGAGUGUCUGAAGGCCCUUGGCCAUUUAGAGGUGGCUGCUAAGAGCUACACUAAGGUGGUGGAGAUGGCUCCUCUGCAUCUGGAAGCACGUCUGGCUCUCUCCACUCUACAGCAGCAGCUGGGUCGACCUGACUCCGCCCUUGAGGCGCUGGAGCCCAUGUACGACCCUGACACUCUGGCUCAAGACUCCUCGGCAGCCCAGCAGGAGCUGAAGUUGUUGCUGCACCGCUCCACACUUCUCAGAUCUCAAGGCCGAACCGAUGACUACAUAGACAGUCUGUUGACUAUGCUGUCCAUGCUACUUAAGGUGGCGAUGGUAAGAGCUCAGGUGUGCCUGGUCGCUAACACAUCAUCUGGCACUAGGCACUUGCGUCUUAUCCGAGUGUCCAAGAAUACGUUGUCUGAAAUCGAGGACCAGGAAGCAGCUUAUCUGGACGUGACAGGAAAAACGAGCGUGCUGUCUCGGGAGGACUGGUGGAACCUGCUGCUGAGCUGCCUCGACGUGCUGUGCGAGGAGAAACGCUUCACCGAAGCCGAGCUCCUCGUCGACUCUUCGCUCGAGUUCUACUCGUUCUACGACGACCGCGUCAAACGCAAAGAGCUCGAGUACCUGGGCCUGAGCGCCGCCUUCCUGGACCGCAAUUUCCGAAAAGCGUACGACUACAUUAGGUUGAUGCUGAUGUGCACUGUGGAGAGAGCUCAGCUGUGGAACAUCUUCAGCCAGGUGACGCUGCACUCGCAGGACGGUCGCCAUCACCGCUUCUGCCUGCGCCUCAUGCUGAAGAACCCCGAGAACCACGCGCUCUGCCUGCUCAACGGCCACACGUCGCUCGUCUCCGGGACCUUCAAACACGCACUCGGUCAGUAUAUGCAGGCGUUCAGGAAUCAGCCGUGCCACCCUCUGCACAGCCUGUGUGUGGGCCUCACGUUCUUUCACAUGGCCUCGCAAAAGUUUGUCGUCAAGAGACACCCGCUGGUGCUACAGGGUUUCUCCUUCCUGUGGCGUUACAUGGAGUUCAGAGGUCAGUGCCAGGAGAGUUUGUAUAAUUUAGGUCGUGCUCUACAUCAGCUGAGUCUGACCCACUUGGCCAUCCACUAUUAUCAGAAAGCCCUCAGCUUCCCGCCCCUCAAACUGGAGGGCAUUGAGGACGAUCAGGUGGACCUGCGCAGGGAAAUCGCCUUCAAUCUUUCACUUAUAUACCAAGCUAGUGGCAACAAGGAAAUGGCCCGCUACUACAUACACACAUAUUGUGUUAUCUGAGUGUGUGUGUGUGUGUGAGAGAGAGAAAGACUAGGGCCAAAAUGUUUGUAUAAUACUAAUUUCUACUUUAAUAAAGCUAUUUAUUUUUGUUGGUACUACAGGGGGGUUUGGAGUUACGGUAUGGAUUUCACCACAUGGAAGUGCUGGAUGUCAAAAACAUUAAAUUCACACCAUUGCUGGAA